CUGCGUUACAGUGACCAUGUUGUACAUUCGCACUGUCAGUUCUCUUGUCUGGCUUGCAAUUGUUAGGAAGAAUUGCCCCAACCUUAGCUCAUUUUGCACAAGCACAGCUGCUCGACUUUCAACUAUGGCCUACUCUGUUCAAGAAAGUGGAUCACUGCAUACUCACGACUACAAGAUAUAUAUUAAAGGAGAAAAUGGACCAAUUUCACCAUUUCAUGACAUUCCUCUGUUUGCAAAUAAAGAGAAAAGUAUAUACAAUAUGGUUGUAGAAAUUCCAAGGUGGACCAAUGCAAAACUUGAGAUAAACAAGAAAGAAAAACUCAAUCCAAUUAUACAAGAUGUCAAAAAAGGCAAAGUUAGAUUUGUCAACAAUGUGUUUCCUUACCGGGGUUACAUUUGGAACUAUGGUGCUUUGCCGCAGACAUGGGAAGACCCUCAUGAAGUUGAUUCAAGCACAAAGUGCAAAGGUGACAAUGAUCCAAUUGACGUGUGUGAAAUAGGGCAUAAGGUUGGUCGUCGUGGAGAAGUAAAGCAGGUGAAAAUUCUAGGAACCUUAGCUUUAAUUGACGAAGGAGAAACAGAUUGGAAGAUUUUAACAAUUGAUGUCACAGACCCGCUUGCAGAUAAAAUUAAUGAUAUUGAAGGAAUAAGACAACAUAUGCCGGGUCUUCUUGAAGCCACACACGAAUGGUUUAAGUUGUACAAGAUACCGGCUGGAAAGCCAGAAAAUGAAUUUGCUUUCAACGGUGAAGCAAAAGACAGGGACUUUGCUGUGCAGACUGUUCUGAGUACACACGAGCACUGGAAACGUCUGAUGAGCAGCAAUCCAUGUGUUGCUGAUGACAUUGCAUGCGAUAAUGUAUCCGUUGAUGGCUCUCCUUAUAAAAUUUCUCCAGAAGAUGCAAACAAAGUGAUUGCAGAGGCUCCACCUCAUGGUCCACCAGCCGAAAUUCCAACAGAAGUUGAUACUUGGCAUUUUCUUCCACAAAGCCAUGCAGUGGAGAGCGCCAGCAAGAAAUAGAUGUAUUCACCAAUCAUUGAUUUCCUGCCUUCAGAACAUAAAUUUUAAUGAGAACUGACUAUGAAAUGGGAUGGCACAGGUUUGCCAUGUAAAGAUUAAAAUAAAAUGUGCAAUAUACAAUUUAAGUAAAAGUUGGAUAAAAUUUUGUAAUAGGCCAUCUUUCUUAAAUUGCCAUAUCUCUAGCACCGAACCGUAUUGAAGUUAUAUUGGAACCUAUAAGCAUCAACAUGAACAUGAAUAUGUUCAGACAGCUUUCUAGUUCGACCUGGAUAGAAUUUUCUGUUGCAUGAUGCAGCUUGAUUUUUCACGAAUAAGCUCCAAGCCACAGAAUAGAAAUGUCAAAGCUCUAUCAGUUAUUCAUCGUCAAGCAAAUAAAUACAGAAGAGAACUGAAUAGACGUCAAAUCAUGAUUGGCUGCGAAAGGAAUCACCACUGUGCGAAUCACCAAUUUUCUCGCAACCCCAUUGGUUAAAUUUAAAGACUGGGGCAACUUUUUCAAUUGAACACAUGGACACAAUUUGUCUUCCAGAAUCACAAUUUAUUUAAAAUGGCGAACGGAGAUGGGAUUUAGCAUCUCAGUGCCACCGAAAUUCAAAAAGGUAUUUUCAAUACAAUACUUUAUUUUUCUGUUGAUACAAAAAUAAUAAAAAAUUUGUCAUUGAAAAGCGUCCCUUUUUCUAAUCCAAUGUUUCGAUCACAAACAUCGAUGAUUUUCUUGAACAAAAUGGUUUCGUGACUAAACUAAGUGCUGUGAAACUUUGAAUUUACUCUGUCUGUAGGCUUUCUUGCAAAUCAAAGUGAUACAAAACAAAUAUUUUGUUUGCUAAAGCUAAUUUUAAUUGUUUAAAAGGGAAAUAUAUAUGAUUUCCGAGUGUAAAAAGGAUUUUUUUACCGAAAUCAUUCCUCUGAAAAUUUUCAGCUUUUCUAAGCUUUUGUUAAGUCAUCAAGUCAUUUUUUUGCCAAAUAAGGGUAAAUUUUUCAAAUUAACAUUAAGACAUUUAUAAGGCAAACUAUUUAUAAUUUUUGCAUAAACAAAAGUAUUUUUACAAAACUAGUUUCACAUAAGAUUUACUUUUCAUGACCUAUAGGCUAUCUAUUUGCUCGUUUUAAUAGGACAUCCAAAUCACUUUUAAUAGCAAACAAGAGUGGAAAGGACUAUAUUUUAAUCGCUAAAAUCAAUGUUUAGACGUUUCAAAGGAAAAUAUUCUUGGUUUUUGAUGGUAAUAAGGUUUUUCUCACCCACUAAUUCCACUCAAAAUCGGCUUUCUUUCUGUCCACUUUAAACAGAAUUUUCAAAUCCUUUUUAGCUCCAAAUCACAGUGAAAAAUAAAUUUUGAUAUAAUGUUAAGACAUAUAAAAUGCAAAUACCAUAAAUCCUCGAAUUGCCCCCCCCCUCGAAUAAGCCCCCACCUUUAAACUACCAGUUGUCAAUAAGCUCCCCCUCGAACAUACCCCCCCCCUCGAAUAAGCCCCCACUGCUACCGUAGGUUACCUAUGGCGUUUUAUUGAAUUACCGCAACAAAUUCAUACUUUUGGUAGUAAUUAAUUAAAUGCUCAUAAAGAAAUUUUUACUAAAAUAAACGAGGUCUUUUAAUAAUGUCUUCUUAAUGUCUACAAUAUUUGUAUAAGCCCCCCCCCUCGUAUAAGCCCCCCUCGAAUAAGCCCCCAUCCAAAAAUAUAUAAGCCCCAGGCUAAUUCGGCUAAUUCGAGGAUUUACGGUAGUCAUUGUGUUUUAUUGUCAAUAAGGUUUUCCCAAGCAACUUCUACAUUACAUUCCAAUCUUUUAGAAAAUCUAUAAGCUACCUCUUUAUCUUGAAUCUGAUAGACUUCAAGGGUUGAAAUUAUGGUGAGCGAUUUACCUUCAAAACGGAAACCGUAUAGUCUGGCAAAAGCUAAAACUUCUUACAGAUAAUUUUUUCUUCCAAUACUUACCUUAACCGUCAUUUUAGGAGAGUUGGUAAAGAGUUGCAUAUCAUGAAAUGAAAUAAUCUUUGAUCUGAUACAGAUUUAGCGUUGAAUUUGAAGUGAUCGAGUUUUCAUGAAAAAGCAAGCAUAUAGCAUUACAAAAAUUGACGUUUAUGGUCGGAAAUUUUUUCCGUACAAAACUUUCCUAAAUCCUCCUUUUAGGGAGCUUAAAAAGUGUUGAAUAACAUAAACAAAAGUUAUCUUUGAACUGAUAUUAAGUGAUGAAUUUAUAGUGAUCGAUUUUUUAUGAAAAAAGCAAGCCUAUAGCCUUACAAAUAUUGCGACUUUUGGGUUGAAAAUUUUUUUCUUGCUAAAUUUUCUUAAAUCCUCGUUUGAGAGAGUUUACAAAGUGUUGAAUACCAUAAACAAAACAUUUGGUAGAUUUUAACCACUGAAUCUAUAGUCAUUGACUUUUCUAUCCAAUAUGUAAGCCUAUAGUUUUACAAAAUUUGAAAUUUU